UAUACUGCUCGGAUGCUCUGUCGGGUUUUUAUGUACGAUGUGCGAUCUUUUAUUGAACAUCGUGGGCCGUUUUGGGGAGCCCUCGUGCGCGGCAGGGCCGAGGCUGUACUGCGCCACCGGCUGAGCCCCGUCGAUCUUCAUUGCGAAGCCCACCACCGCCGAAACAGCCUGGUAAUCGGGGGGAGAAGGGAAGAGGUAUUCAGCCAGGUCAUGAGCGUUGGCGUCCAGAUACGCAGAGGGGACUCCAGAGGGAGCCAGCAUGCACGUUUGUAUCAGCCAUCCACCAUGUUCCUCGUCAAAAGAGUCAGGGAUUCCUCUAGUAUAUGUAUUAUAAUACACUGAUAUACUGCUAUAUGUUAAAUCGGUAGCCUUCAGGGAAAAAGAGCAGAUUCUGUUUCUCACAGAAAAUACCGUGUACUGUAUUUAUUGAGUAAUAAUGAAUCGCUGGAGUUCCCACUUUAAUGUUAUAGAACCAAAACAAACAAAAGACAAAAAAAGACAAAAGAAGAAAGACAUAAGAAAAAAAAAGAAGAAAAAGGCACAAGUGUCAAUAAUGAAAUGAAUGAGGGCUGAAUUCCCUUUAGCUGCUAUUGCUCACGCUGGCCCACUGCCACACUGUCAUGGCUCAGUGGGAUGUCAUUCGAGCGCACAGCUUAAAUGCCCCUUCAAGGCUAAUAUGGGAAAUGUAGUUUAGGAUCCAGUGCUUUGAGAGCUCGUCUCCGACCUAAAGUCAAGAUAUGUGGCCCUCUGCUGCAUCCACUUUAACCAUUAAAUAAAUAAAUAAAUAUAUCUGCCCCUUGGUGUAAUAACGGAUCGCCGGAGUUCCCACUUAAAUGUUACGGUAACCAAAACAACUCUGUGGUAUUCAGUGAUGUCCGAGACGUGACUUAAGCCUCGAUUACACUCCCUUGCGGACUCGCACAAAGGACGUGUAGCUGUUCUCGCUGUACUACUUUCCAGCCCCGGUUGGAGUCUGCCUGGUGCGGACCGCGCAGUUAGCGGGGGCCACACAACGAACUGGAGGAGACCCCCUCGGAUGACGAAACCGAUGUCACUCCGACCCUCGCGGACCCCGUCGCUACACGGCUCGAGUCCACCCACAGUGGGGGGGUGAGUCGUGCAUGCGCCAUUUUUACGCCAUUUUACCACAGCCAAUUUAGUGGCUUUUUACCACAGCCGAGGAGGACAGGGACCAGCGCCAGAGACCGAUGGGAGAUGAAGAUGAGCGAAUUAUGAGUAAAUUAAUUAAAGGAAAAUCCCCAAACUCCAGACUGUGAGAAGCGUUUGUGCCUGGGAUGUUUGGUAUUUUGGAGAGGAAGCUGCCACCUGCGCUGAGACAGGCUCAGCUGGUGUCAGGCCUCAGAAACACACGGACACCAUGGACACACAAGGUGCAGAUCCGUGCCUGUGCUGCGACUUCUGCAACUCUUCAGCUACGUGAGGACUGUGUCGUGCUCAAUUAUGGAGGGACACCGUUGCAUUUUAAUUACGUUUGGCUGCGGGACCACUGCCGCUCCGCCUCGUCAUACAACUCCAACACUAACCAGAGAAACCUGGACACUGGCAGCGUAGACCUCACCAUCCGCCCUGACAACACAACAGUGGAAGACGGCCAUCUCGUCCUCACAUGGCCCGAUGGUCAUGUGUCAAGGUACAGCCUUAGCUGGCUAGCCGAGAACAGCUAUGAAAGAAAGAAGCAGAGCACCGUCCAGCCACGGAUCCUUUGGAAUUCAGACAUCUAUAAGAAUGCAAAUAUACCAUCAGCCAAAUGGGACACGUUUAUGAGCUGUGAUGAUGAAUUGAAGAAGUUUCUUCAGAGCUAUCUUCUGUACGGGAUCGCGUUUGUAGACGAUGUCCCAGCUACAGUGGAGGCCACAGAGGCAGUUAGCCAGAGGGUCAGUCUUAUGAGGGAGACCACAUAUGGAAGAAUGUGGUGCUUUACUUCAGAUUUUUCCAGAGGAGACACGGCCUACAGCCAGCUGGCCCUGGAUCGUCACACUGACACCUCAUACUUUCAGGAACCAUGCGGAAUACAGGUUUUCCACUGCCUAAAGCAUGAGGGACUCGGGGGAAGGACAUUACUCGUGGAUGGGUUCUAUGCUGCAGAAAAAUUACGCCAACAGUCACCUGAAAACUUUGAGCUGCUUGGCCGUGUGCCCAUCAGGCACGAGUACAUUGAAAAGACUGACAACCACCAAAACCACAUGACUGGCAUCGGCCCUGUGCUUAACGUCUAUCCUUGGAACAAGGAAGUUUACCUGAUCCGAUACAACAACUAUGACCGAUCAGUGAUAAACACAGUGCCCCAUGACAUUGUUCAGCGAUGGUAUGUGGCACAUCGAAAGUUGACAACAGAACUAAGGCGGCCAGAGAACGAGCUAUGGGUGAAACUGACCCCAGGGAAAGUGAUUUUCAUAGACAACUGGCGUGUCAUGCAUGGGAGGGAGUCAUUCACUGGCUUGAGGCAACUCUGUGGAUGUUAUCUGACCAGAGACGACAUCCUCAGCACUGCACGCUGCUUCGGUCUGCAGGCCUGAUCCUGAGCAUGAAGGUUGCUUCACCCUUGUGCCUUAUUAGUUAGCCUGUAAGGUUUUAUUAUUAGGUUCCCAAUCAUUUAGACUGAAAGUGUUCUUCAAUCAGAACAUUCAAACAGUCUCAACCCUGUAACAUAUUGUAUUUCACUCAUCCUUGUUCAUUACUUUGUAAUUUACGAUUUUGUAAUUGAUGUUUGUUGUUUUAGUAUCACUUUACAGUUUUAUGUACAGUUAGAGAGUAUGAAUGUCUCCUGAA